AAGAGUUCGCAUUGUUUCUAAAUUAAACUUGUAAAGUGGAUCUCUGAGAGAACGCGACUGAUAAGGAUUUGUUAAUGCAAAACUAAGUUAUUUAGACCUAGAAACCUGAGGAGAAAAAAAUCUAUGUUCAUUUAAUGUUCACACUUUCAAUUUGGCUACGAUCACUGUUUCAAAAUGUUGAGUAAACAAAGGAAGGUAACUGUUGCUCUUGUAUUUGUGUUGACUACCUCCCUUUGUUGUGCUCUCACGUCACAGCACGAGGAAGAUGAUGUGUACUACGUCAGACAACUUCACGAGACUUUAACCUCGAGCCCAGCAAGUCAAGCCGCACAAGGGCCACCUCUUAGGACAUCAGGGAACUCACCUUUACCGCCGUGCGUUGUCCCAGAGGAUGUUACUCUCCUCACGAGUUCAAGCAUGCCCAGCAACAAGAAUUACAUACCGGAAGUGGGGAACGGUCACGUGGCCACCGUGGUACAGAGCGACACCAUUUUUAUGAACGGGCUGUAUAAUGGGGCAAGCAUUGUAAGCCACAGAGCCCGGAUACCAUCCACUGCCGGAUACAACAUCACAUCCGUCACGCCCAGUGGAUUCAGUCGACAAUACAGUCUUGAUCUUGGCCGAGGUAUAUUCACUGAGUCGUACACCUGGUCGGGACUGAAUGUCUCCUUGAGGACCUACGCCCACAGGUUGUUCACGACCGUCCUGGUCAACGAGCUGGUCCUGGAGAGGACAGACGAUAACACUACGGACGUACAGGUCACAGUGACACUCAACUCUGGACCACCCAGCGUGGAUCUGACUCUAACAAAUUUGUCAGAAGGACUAGUUCAUGGUCAAACUUUGGCAGCAGAGUUCAAGGAUGUUGCCCCCGCCACAGAGUUCUAUGUUCGAACUUCACCUUCUAUUGAGGGUACAUUUAGUCUCAGCCCCAAUGUCAAGGCCGAGUCAUAUGUCCGUCUGACAGUCAUUGAUGUUGACCUGGCCAGAGUGAAUUCUGAAUACGAUCAAGCGGAAGCGGCCUUUUUAAGUGGACAACUUUUGAAUCUUCACGUAAAUGAAUGGAACAGCAUUUGGCAAAAAGGUCGGAUUGACGUGAAAGGGGAUGUAACUAUUGCAAGACACAAUUACGGCACUUUGUAUUAUUUACUUUCUUCUCUCCCUUCGAAUGGCAAUCGCAAGGACUGGCCAUUUAUUGGAUUAUCUCCCGGUGGACUAGCACACGGCAUUGAAGGAAAGGAUUACUACGGUCACGUAUUUUGGGAUCAAGACACGUGGAUGUUCCCACCAAUCGCAUUGCUUCACUCAGACAUCGGGAAGACCAUUGUAGAGACCAGAACGAAAACCCUGGCCACUGCCAGGAUGUGGGCCUCGGCCACCGGGUACGAUGGCGCACGUUACCCGUGGGAAUCAGCGUUUACUGGUCUUGAGACAUGUCCCGCUAUCCCCGUUGGAGUCAUGGAAAUCCACAUCAACGGCGACGUGGCCAUGAUGGUGCGUCAGUACUGGCAGCUGACUCAGGACACUGAGCUCAUGGUCAACGGAUCAGGGGCGGAUAUUGUGUGGGACACGGCCAGGUACUGGGCCACACGGGUGGCACACAACACCACCGACGACUCUUACCGUAUACUAAAUGUGAUGCCUCCAGAUGAGUUCCACUCACCUGUCAAUGACUCGGUUUACACGAACAGCAUCGCGGCCAUGAACCUUAAAUUCGCCAAUCAGCUGGCGUCUUACUUUGGUCAGCCAGAGAACACGACCUGGUCCACCAUCAGCGACAAACUGAGGAUUCUGUACGACCCAGUGCUGGACUACCACCCAGAGUACGACGGCUUCACUUUGAAUGAGAGCACCAAGCAGGCGGAUGUCGUCCUCUUGGGGUUUCCCCUGAUGGCGGCCAUGAACGAAAGCACGCGUAGAAACGACAUGAUCAAUUAUGAAAAGACCACACCGACAGGGAAUGUUCCUGCCAUGACAUGGGGAGUGUUUCUUAUAGGUUGGCUUGACCUAGGAGACGAGGUCAAGGCCGCGCAGCUCUUCCACAGAUCUGUGCUUAACUCUCAGGAACCGUUUCUGGUAUGGUCAGAAAAUGCUGACGGAACAGGGGCGGCCAACUUUCUCACAGGCAUGGGCGGCUACCUACAGCUUGUGCUCUUCGGCUACGGGGGUGGCAGGAUUUACGACCACAUGCUGACCUUCAGCCCCGUCCUCAUCAACGGAACAUCAGAGGUCAAGUUCACGGGCAUCGACUACCGCGGCAGCUCUUUCGACCUGACCUACACAUCCGAUAACCUGACCUUGACCCAGACCGCCGUGUCUCCAGGUCACCUCGGCCUGGAAGUCAGACUUGGCGAUGCUGGCGCGUGGCAGAAACUUAAAACUGGAAUCGAUUUGAAUGCAAAGAGACAAAAAUUUCAAAUUCGAAACGCGGAAAAUUAAAUUGUAGGUAAAAUAAAACAAAAUAGCAACUCUCAUGAAGCUGGUAUUCUGUUGUUGUGAAAUAAGUUAAUCUUCAGUUCUAUACUGAACCCUUAGUUAUAAGUUAAACCCUAGUUCUUUAUAACACUCUUAGCUCUGAGUUAAACGUCAGCUCUAUAGUUUGUUUGCGUGUUCAUUGUUAACUCUUGUCUCCAGAUAUCACAGCCCCCCCAGCCUCUCCUCCCAUCUUUUUUCUCUUACUAAGACGUCAUAGAAUGUAAAUUGACUCUCGGAGUCACUUUUUUUAUAAAUACGUUUUCAAAUUCUUAUUUCACUUUUAUUUUCUGAUUUGUUAAAUUGUAAACUAUAUUAUUAUUUUCAGUAAACUAUAUUAUAUUUACCAAUUAUUUAUCUCCCAUUCUAGUACCACUUUUAGUUCAAAAAUAAUUAUAUUAAAUUCCUUCUAAUUUAA